AUGUACGUCCGUACCCUCACCUUCCCCAACCUCACCGAACUUCAGAUAUCGCCCACAGACAGGCUCAAACUCCAACUCCCCGGACACCGUGAAGACAUCAUGGACUUCGUGCCAGUGCGGCGGCAUGGGACGUUCGGAACCGUGCAGAGGUUGACGCUUGGAUUACCUCCGUCUGCGGAGCUAGACUUCAGGUUGACAAUAGCAGGACAUUUCCAGAGCAUCGUGGAGAUUUACCUCGCGGAUCUGGAGCCAUAUUUAACGCCUUGGCAAGGUUUCUGGGAUGGUAUCGUUCGCUAUCCGUCUCAAAGGUGGUGCAAGAGGAACAGUAAUGCAUGGGCAGAUUUCGUGGAAAGGCGGUGGGCAGGCUCUCAGGCUGCAGGUGUCGGUGAUGUAGACCAGCUAGCUGGGGUAGGCUGUGAUGAUGGACGGCUGCAGUACCUUCGAAUGGGGGUGGAUGCGUACGGGUGCUUGAAGUUUGUCAACGAGACAGCGUUGGAAAGGAUAUAG